AUGAGCAAGUGGUGUUCCCAGAACCCAGCUUUUCCAGAGGGUAUUUUGGGUCGGGAGGGUGGGAGAGCCCGUACUAUGGAUCCACUGGCAAAGCAGAUCUUUAAAGGAGUUUUAGUAGCUGAACUUGUGGGCAUUUUUGGAGCAUAUUUUUUGUUCAGAAAGAUGAAUACAAGUCAAGAGUUCAGGCAAACAAUGAGCAAGAAAUUCCCCUUCAUCUUGGAAGUUUAUUGCAAGUCCACUGAACACUCUGGAAUGUACAGAAUCAGAGAGCAAGAGCAAGAAAAGUGGCUGAACAGCAAAAAUUAA